AUGUCAUCAUAUCAGUUUCCACAGAUUGAAUCAUCAGCUGAUAUUCCUAUUUGCUUGUACGAGACAAACGGUAGAUUAAUUUAUGGUACUGAAAAAGAAUUACACGAAAUGGAAAAAAAUGCAUUGUUAGGCGUAUUUCCGAAAAUUGAAGAUAAGUUGCUGAAUCGAUUACAACAAUCGUUAUCACGUGAUAGUAUUGGCGAAACUUUUGUUGACAAUCAGCAAAGUCGAUUUCAACAAACCUUGAAUAGUUGGGCAGCCAAAGGUAUCGAUAGUCUGAUGGAUAGUGUUAGAAAUGCUAUGAGUGGUAUUAUUCCUUAUAGUGACUGGCUUUCAUCCGCAGGUCAAAUCUUCAGAAAAGCUCAGAUUGAUAUCACUAAUGUUUUUGCAAAAUCUGAAGAAAGCCUAUAUGAUUCCAUCAUGCAGACCUCAUCUACAUUAAAUUGGUUGACAAAUUGGACUCGUUGUAUUGCAAUACAUAAUAGUGGUCAUCGAAUUGCAAUAUGCCAAAAUAACGAUUGCAUCAGAAUAUUUUGUUGCGGCUCUAAUAGAUUACCUAUUACAUUAAAGCACCAAUAUCAGCAGAAUGUAACUGAUAUGGCUUGGAAGCCUUUUGAUCGUAUGGUUCUAGCAGUGGCUUGUACUCAUGCUGUGUUAAUUUGGAAGCUUGACAAACAAAACUGGAAUAUUCGUCCUUCAGUCAGUUGCGCAGACGUCAUCGAAAUGUCAUCACUUGCUCCAAUCACACAAUGUUUUUGGGAUUCUCUUUUUGAUCAAGCACUUUUUGUUGUUUCAACAUCAUCAUCAUGUUUGCAAGUUCUGGAUACAAGUAAUGGUGAAAGCGAAUUAGUUGGUUCAUGGGCUGGUGGUCGUAUUCGUCAUGUAUGGAUUUCCCCUAAUGGUGGUAAAAUAGCUAUUGCUUAUGACGGAAAUGUUAUAAGUGUUUACGAUCGUCAUUCAUGGCACGAAGAACGAUGGAAAAAACUGAAAGGUCUUUGUAUAGCAGCAGCUUGGACUCCCUUAAGUGAUGUAUUUUUUUUUGCAACACGUGGUGAACCCUUCAUUCGUGGUAUUCAUUUUAUUAAAAAACUACAAAAUACAGAGAAUGAUCAAUUAUCAUAUGGAUCGGAGAUUGCUGUUCUUGUAUAUGAUCUUUCAAAAAUGAUAUUAGAAAAUAAUGGUAACGGUGAUAGCACUAGUAGUAAGAGUACAUACAAGGUUGGUGGAUAUAUUCGUGAUAUGAAGAUUUCUCCUGAUGGACAGCGUAUCGCUGUUACUUUCAGUGAAAAUCCGACAAUUAUUGCUCUAUUUGUGGUUGAAACAAUGCCAUCAUUCUUUUUUGCUCCAUGUGGAUUAAUAAAUGGCGCAGUAAAUUUUGGACCAGCAACCAUUUUGUCAUUUUUCCCAAAAUUUCAGUAUGGCUCGUUGUUAAUUGUUGUUUGGCUUGCUGGGAAGAUACAAUACAUUCCAUUAUUUUAUGGUUAUUUUGCCAAUGAAGGAAUUUAUUUAAAUCGGAUCAAAAAAGAGAAGUUAUUGGGUGAAAUUCCAGUAGAACAGUUACUGGUCCGAGAAUCAGAGUUUUCUGGAAGGAUAAAUUCAAAAAUUGAUGAUCAAAUGCAAAAAAAGGGACUGGAUAGUAGUGGUUGUCCUAGUCGAGAACGUACUAAUAUAAAUUCAAAGGCAACAUUAGAUGUGGAUACAGAGCUGUUCUCUUCAGUAGGAUUGUACGAUUUAUUAACUCGGAAAAGUGUUGAGGAAAAAAAUUAA